AUGCUUCCUAAUAACAACACUUAAGAUGAAAACAUGAGAUUAAUUAUUUAUUUUAUAAUUAUUCAAGAAAUUCUAUUUCUUUUGUUGGAGAUAUUAUCUAAAUACUCAAAUACUAACACCAAUUUCGAUACUUCUUUAUAGGAUAAACAACAAAUCCUUGAGAGAUUAUAGAUAAGUGAUGAAGACUUAUAAAUUUAAUUUAUGAGAAAGCCUUGUGAAGUUGAAUUAGUUCUUUAAUUAGAAUUUUAUUAUUUAAAAGAUUUGGAAAAAGUUUUGAAAAAUGAAAAAGAUUAUAAAGGAAAUGAUGGAGAUAAUUAUGAAUUUUUAUAUAAUAGGCUAUUAAUUGUAAAUAAUUAGUUAAAUUAAAAAGGAUAAAUAUUUAAUGGUUUGAGUUUAUUCUACUAAUAUUUAUUCACUCCAAACGAAAAUGGUCUUUCGGAUUAAACAAUUGGUGUUGAUAAGGAUUAUCUAAAGCUAUAAGAGAAGAGGCAAGAGGAAAAUAAAAAGAAACUAAUCAAUAUAGAAAUCGGAAGCAUUACAAAAGGUCUUCUUCAUAAAAUUUCUUUGCUUUAUUUUUAUGAUUAUCACUCUUGUUUUAGUAAUUUUGAAAUAUUUUAAUUUCCAAGUGAAAAAUGA